AUGUUCGUUGGAAAUUACUAUUUAGUUGAAAGACCUCAUCUCCUAGCUGCAAGCGUCCUGUUCUACAACCGUAAAGACAUUGCAUUUGCACCGUAUGGCGAAUAUUGGAGACAACUAAGAAAAAUUUCCAUAUUAGAGCUUCUUUCUGCAAAACGUGUACGAUCAUUCAAAUCUAUUAGGGAAGAAGAGGUAUCUAAUUUUAUUACUUCCAUUUAUUCAAAAGAGGGGUCUCCAAUCAACCUUAGUAGGAUGAUAUUUUCUUUAGAAAAUGGCAUCACUGCGAGAACAAGCAUUGGUAAGAAAUGCAAAAACCAAGAAGCUUUCUUACCAAUUGUUGAGGAAUUGGCGGAGGCACUUGGAGGUUUGAAUAUGAUAGAUAUAUUCCCUUCCUCCAAAUUUCUUUACAUGGUCAGUCCGGUAAGGUGUAGACUCGAAAGGAUGCACAGAGAAGCAGAUGAGAUACUUGAAAGCAUCAUCUCCGAGCGUAGAGCCAACUCCGCUUUAGCGUCAAAGAUGGGCAAGAGCGAAGAGGAUGAUCUUCUUGGUGUUCUUUUGAAUCUUCAAGACCAUGGAAACCUUGAAUUCCAAUUAACAACAAGCACUAUCAAAGCAAUCAUCCUGGAAAUGUUCAGUGGUGGAGGUGACACUUCGUCAACAGCUUUAGAAUGGGCAAUGUCAGAAUUGAUAAAGAACCCGAGAGUAAUGGAAAAGGCACAAAAAGAAGUGAGACAAGUCUUCAAUGAUCUUGGAACUAUUCCUGACGAAACAAGCCUUCAUGAUUUAAAAUUCUUGAAGUUGAUUAUCAAGGAAACUCUAAGAUUACAUCCUUCUAUACCAUUGAUUCCAAGAGAGUGUAGGAAGAGAUGUAAUGUUAAUGGAUACGACAUCCACGUCAAAAGUAAAGUAUUGAUUAAUGCAUGGGCAAUUGGAAGAGAUCCAAAUUAUUGGAAUGAACCUGAGAGAUUCAAUCCAGAGAGAUUCAUCAAUGUUUCGACUGAUUUUAAGGGUAGCGACUUCGAAUUCAUCCCAUUUGGUGCUGGAAAGAGGAUGUGUCCAGGCAUGUUGUUUGCUAUAGCCAACACUGAGUUUCCACUUGCGCAGAUGUUGUACCAUUUUGACUGGAAACUUGCUGAUGGAUUGAAGCUUGAAAAUCUUGACAUGACUGAGUCUUUUGGUGGCGCAAUUAAAAGAAAACGAGAUCUUACGUUAAUUCCCAUUUCAUAUCGUUCCUUCGUGGGAUGAAAACUGCUAAAUUAUUUUAGCAUUAAUUAAAAUAUAUUAUGAAAUAAAAGUUGUCUCAAUUAUGAUU